CAAGCAUGCCACAGGUAGCGGCCGCAUCCGGUCCGUCGGACCUUCCCGCGGAGGAGCUUGAUUGGAUACAGAUGCGGAAAGACUUUGCCGGCGUACAUGCGGAAACCACCAAAGAGAAAAUGAUACGCAAGGUGAACGAAAAUCCGCUCGUCCCGAUCGGGUGUGCCGCCACGCUAACGGCGCUCGGGUUUGGGCUGUGGAAUUUCCGCCAGGGCCGGUCGCAGAUGUCGCAGUACAUGAUGCGCGCCCGCAUACUGGCCCAAGGCUUUACCGUGCUCGCACUAAUUAUCGGCGUGGGCAUGACGUACGGUACGAAGGAACCGCCCAAGAAGUAG